AUGUUGGUGCUAAACUGUUGUACCAAAUUACUGAUACUGGAAAAAAUAUUGAAGAAUCACUUUCCUCAAUCACUCAAGGUUUAUGGAGCAGUGAUGAACAUAAAUCGUGGGAAUCCCUUUCAAAAGGAAGUGAUAUUGGAUUCAUGGCCAGACUUCAAAGCUGUCAUCACCCGGCGACAGAGAGGGGCUGAGACAGAUAACUUCGACCAUUAUACUAAUGCUUAUGCUGUGUUCUAUAAAGAUGUCAGGGCUUACCAGCAGCUAUUGGAAGAACGUGAUAUUAUUAACUGGGACCAAGUUUUUCAAAUACAAGGGCUGCAGAGUGAGUUAUACAAUGUUACCAAAACUGUUGCCAACUCAAAGCAGUUGCAAGUAAAGCUUACUUCCUUCCAGGCUGUUCAUUUUUCUCCUGUUUCAACUCUGCCAAACACUGGUUCCCUAACAGGGUCUUCCCCACGACUAACCUACCUGAGUGUUGCUGAUGCUGAUCUACUCAACCGGACUUGGUCACGGGGUGGAAAUGAACAGUGUCUCCAGUACAUUGCCAACCUCAUCGCCUGCUUCCCCAGUGUGUGUGUGCGUGAUGAUAAGGGAAACCCAGUCUCCUGGUCUAUCACAGACCAGUUUGCCACCAUGUGCCAUGGCUAUACCCUGCCAGAGCAUCGCAGGAAAGGUUAUAGCCGGCUGGUGGCCCUCACGCUGGCCAGGAAGUUGCAAAGCCGGGGAUUCCCCUCCCAGGGAAACGUCCUGGAUGACAAUGUGGCAUCGAUAAGCCUCCUGAAGAGUGUCCAUGCUGAGUUCUUGCCUUGUCGUUUUCAUAGGCUUAUUCUCACCCCUGCAACAUUCUCUGACCAAGCCCACCACUAG